AUGGCUCAGUGGGAGCAGGCUCAACACAAGGAGUGCAGCUCAGGGAAUGUUGAUGAUCUGGGGGACCUCUGUGAGAACACAUCGGGUAGGAGCUCGCUGGAUCAUCCCAUGGAGCCCAGCCUCAGGUGGGACGCCAUGGCCCAGAACCAAGGAGCUUCUAGAGCCUCCGGUCUACCACCAACGGCCCUGAAAACCAGGCCGGCCAGUCCCAAAGCCUCACGGAUGAACCUGAGCCAGCCCACAACACCGCUGACCCCUCGCCGGAAGCUCAGCACGCCAAUGGAGUACCGUGACACCGUGCCAGCUGAGUUCCAGGACAAGGCCCAGAAACCCCCCAAGGUGGCAGGGGGAGGGGACAGCUCUCCCCCGGUGGUGAGGAGGGCCAGCGCAGGCGACGCUUCCUCUCCCGCUCAUUCCCGGUCCGGAUCCCGGGCCUCAGACAGGAUGAGGUACCUGGAGACGUUCCCAGAGCGACGGCGGAGCUUCGAGUUGGCGGACGGGCAGCCGUGGCCCGGAUUCAGGAAGUGGCGAUCCUUCGACCACACGGAGCAGCGGGAGGGCAGGCUGCGGCCUUCCCUGUCCGAGCUGCUGGACGGCGAGGGGCGUGGGGGCCUGAGGCCGGAGGGUGGGGCAGGGGCCGAGCUGAAACGCUCGCUCUUCCGGCAGAAAGCGGCUUCCUUCGAUGAGCGCGGCCGCUAUGCCACGAGGGCCCGCGACGUCGAGCUGAAGAUCUCGGAGGAGCUGAGCAGGAUCAAGAAGACGGCCAUGAGCUCAACAGUGAGCAGGCCCGUGCUGCGGUCCCCGGUGCUGGAGCGUGCCGUCAACCGCGAGCUAUCAUCACGGAAAGCCACCAGGGCAGUGACCCCCCCGGUAGAGGCACCGCGGACCCCAGAGGGGUCGUGGUUGGACAGCCCACGUAAACCCCUGCAGCGAAGCCUAGCCACGUUUAGCGGUGAGCCAGAGGAUCUGGAGUCAGGCAAGGCAAGAGCGUGGGAGUCUGCCGUCAACUACCCAGACCAGGCUGAGGCAGGAGCAACAAACCUGGCAACCGUCAGCCAACACGCCCAAUCCCGGCCUCCCAGUGGCCCCCAGCCUGUCAUAGAAACUGUCCUGAAGGUGAGGUCCACCUCCGAAGGCCGGGCCCCGGUUAUUGCCCCCAAUCUGCCCUCGCUCUCCAGACAGGAUGUCAAACCCUCGCCGCCCCUUCACAAGGAGAGCCCCGACUGGCUCAGGAGUAGGCCGGAGAGCCUGAGCCUCGGUGGCAGAGCGGAGCUGGGAGACGGAGCUCCGAGAUUAGGUCUGGCCCCCCUCAGCCCGGCCUGUACGGCCCUCACUACAGCCCCCAGUAGUGUGGCCGACACAGGAGUGAAGAGCAUCGGGCCUGAGGACAUGGAGGCGAGCUCCGCGGAUUUGAAAGAAGACACCAUCACCCAGGCUCGGGAUAAAUCCGGCCGGAAAACUCCCAGAGGAAAAUCCAGGAAAUCUCGUCCCACUUCACCGGAGUUGGAAUCCUCGGAUGAUUCCUAUGUCUCGGCCGGUGAAGAUCCCUUAGAGCCGCCAGUAUUUGAGAUUAGCAUCACCGACUCAGUGGUCACUGUGGGGGCGUCAGUCCUUCUGAAAUGUAUCAUCACUGGAACACCUAUGCCUCAAGUUGUCUGGAAGAAAGAUGGUGAGGUCCUGAAGUCGAGCCAGACCAACAUGCUGAAGGCGGAGGGAGAGAGACACACCUUGUACAUUCCCGCAGCGAGCACCCUGGAUGGGGGCCUGUACUCCGUCAGUGCGGCCAAUGAGGUCGGACUAGCCAGCUGCUGUGCGUCUGUCCAGGUGCGAGCAGACUCCACGGCAGACCGGAAAUCAUUGCCCCUCCCCACGGAGCUGUAUAGUCCCAUCACGUCGGAUGAGGAGUACCUGAGCCCCCUCGAGGACCCCAUCGAUUUGACGUACAAGGGGAGACAGGCCCUGAUGCUACCAGAGAACCAACUGAGUAUCAUAGAGACCCACUUCAGAGCUCCACCCAGUUUUCAGGUGCCCUUGAAUGACCAGGUCGCAGUGGAAGGACAGAACAUCAGUCUAACUGUGUGUGUGCUUGGACAGCCGAAGCCUAUCAUUUACUGGCUGAGAAACCGGGAGCCGGUGAAAAGCGAUAGCCGCCAUUACGUGCUGGAGGGGGAGAACGGGCGGUUUCACUUGAACAUUGUGGCUGUGCAGAGGGCGGAUUCUGGAAUGUACACUUGUAAGGCCAUCAACGAGUACGGAACAAAACAGUGUGACGGCAAACUGGAGGUCAAAGCCCGACGUGAGGAUCAGGCACUGACCAUCCUGGCUCCGUCCCGGGAUAUUACGGUGAAUGCUGGUGAGUCCGCCUGCUUCGAGUGUGAGAUCCAGGCUCCUCCUGACGUUGACGUGGACUGGCUAACCAAUGAGAAGCUGGUCCAGCCCGCCCUCCUAAACUGCAAGAUGCACUUUGACGGCAAGAGGUGUAAGCUCCUUCUGAACUCGGUGCACGAGGACGAUACCGGGGUGUACACCUGCAAGCUCAGCACUGCCAAAGACGAGAAGACGUGUAGCGCUAAGCUGACUGUGCUUCCUUCCAUCGCCCCGCUCUUCACCAGGAAGCUGGAGGAUGUAUUUGUGAUCGAGGGCAGGACGGCCCACCUGGAUGUGAAAGUGAGCGGGACUCCCCCGCCCACCAUCACCUGGAUGCACUACGGUGAGCGGGUGGUGGAGACGGAGGAGGUGCGUAUUGUGCGGGACCAGGGCUUCCACUCACUGAUCAUCCUUCACGCAGUCAGUGAGAAUGAGGGCGAGUACGCUGCUAUUGCCCAGAACCCUCAUGGUGACGCCUUCUGCUCAGCUGACCUCUACGUGGAAGAGCCUCGCCCAGUGGUCUCCUCACCAAUGGCCAAACUGGAGAAGAUGCCAUCAAUCCCUGAGGAGCCGGAAGUUCCGGAAAACGAGACUGAGCGCUUCACCAUGCCGGACUUCAUUAAACCCAUCCAGAAUGUGGAAGUGACGGAAGGCAAGGAUGCGGUGCUGGAGUGCCAGGUGACGGGGCUGCCCUAUCCUGCCAUCACCUGGUAUCAUAAUGGUCACAAGCUGGACAGUACAGACGAGAGGAGAAUGACACAGUAUAAAGACAUCCAUCGCUUGGUCAUUCGCUGUGCUGACCAUUCUCACGCAGGAGUAUAUAAAAGUGUCAUAGCCAACAAGGUGGGGAAGGCCACCAGCUACGCCCACGUAUAUGUAUCCGAUGUGAUCCCGGACCCACCCAAUGGUCCCGCUGCGGUGGUGGCAGUGACAGGCAGGACUGUGACUCUCCAAUGGAACAAACCCAAGAAACUCGACCCAUCGAUAGAUCCUGCCACACUGACUUAUGUUAUUCAAAGCCAGGUGGUGGGCACACACCAGUGGCACGUCCUGAAAGCCAACAUCAAGGACACCAGCUAUACCAUCCAAUCGCUGAACAAAGGCAUCCAGUACGUGUUCAGGAUCCAGAGCACCACAUCAAAGAGCUGCAGCAAGCCCUCUCCCAUCUCAGAGCCUGUUAAACUAUUGGACAGAGGUCCCUAUCGGGAAGAAGUUCCAUCUUUUAUUGACAAACCAGAUGUAGUGUUUGCAGUGGAAGAUCAGAGCAGCUGUAUUACCUGUACACUCAACUACGUACAGGCAGAUGUGUCAUGGACAAAGAAUGGCGUGGAGCUGACCAAUAAACCUCGGGUCUAUGAGCUGAGCAUGCCUGAUGAUGAUCAACAUAUGCUGAAGAUUGUGAAAGUUGGAAAGGCUGAUGUUGGAGAGAUAAUGGUCACAGCCAGGAAUGAACAUGGAGGGGAUUCUUGUCGGAUAUCUCUGCUCCUGGCAGAGGCUCCGCGGUUUGAGUCCAUCAUGGAGGACAUGGUGGUGAGGCCAGAGGAGACAGCAAGACUGGCGGUGGUGGUCGAAGGGAAACCCUUACCAGACAUUCUCUGGUUUAAGGAUGAUGUGGUACUGGUGGAGAGCAAUCAUUUGUCCUUUGUUUACGAUGACAGUGAGUGUUCACUGGUCAUUCUCAAUACCACCGAGUCAGACAGUGGAGUCUACACCUGUACUGCAAAGAACCUGGCGGGAGAAGUGUCCUGUAAAGCAGAGCUGACCAUUCUGAAAGAGAAAAUUGGAAAUGAUGAACCUAUGGAUGAUGAGGAUACGAUCUUGCGGAAAAUGAGGCUGUUAUCUGACUAUUAUGAUGUGCAUCAGGAGAUCGGGAGGGGUGCGUUUUCGUGCAUCAAGCGAGUGAUGGAGAGGAGCAGCAAGUUAGACUACGCCGCCAAGUUCAUCUCCUUCCGUGCUGCUCCGCGGGACGAGGCUGUGAGGGAGCUGGAGAUUCUGUCCCAGCUCGAUCACGAGAGGAUUGUCUUCUUCCACGAUGCUUUUGAGAAAAAGAGCAGCAUUGUAAUUGUCCUGGAGCUCUGUGCUCAGGAGGAGCUGUUUGAUCGCUUGGUGAAGAAACCCAACGUCUUGGAAACAGAGCUGCGAUUAUAUAUCCGUCAGAUUCUGGAAGGUCUCAGCUAUCUCCAUCAGAACAACAUCCUUCAUCUGGACAUUAAGCCAGACAACAUCCUCAUGGCAGACACGACCAGCGAGAGCAUCAGGAUCUGUGAUUUCGGGAAUGCUCAGGUGAUGACUCCGGACACACCGCAGUUCUGUCAGUUCGGAACUCCUGAAUACAUUUCACCAGAGAUCAUCAAUCAGGAACCAGUCUCCAACGUUACCGAUAUCUGGCCCGUGGGAGUCAUCGCCUACAUUGGUCUGACUGGGAUCUCCCCGUUUCACGGUGAGAAUGACAAGUCCACAUUGCUCAAUGUGAAAAAUUAUAACGUGGCUUUCGAGGAGAAUAUGUUUGUGAACCUGAGCCGGGAAUCAAGGGACUUUGUCAUCACCCUCCUUGUGGACAGUGCACAGAGACCAACUACAGAUGAAUGUCUCCAACACGCCUGGUUUUCAAGUAUCUUUACGGUGAAGGGGAAGGUGAUUAGUACCGAACAGUUGAAGAACUUGGUGUCCAGGCGACGGUGGCAGCGUUCUCUGAUCAACUAUAAAUCCUCGAUGGUGAUGCGAUCUAUCCAUGAGCUGCUUGAGGACACAUCCGGCCACACCAACAUCGGAAUUCCCAAGCACCUGAGUGAGAGCCGCCUGGGCUCUGUUUUGUCUUCCUCCUCAGACUCCGAUGAUAUUGACGAGGUCCCCUUUAUCCCAAAGCCCCUGGAGUCUGAGCUUCUGUCCUGCCGGCUCCCCCUACAGCAACUCCGGCGAGACCAUGACCAGGCGUCAGUCGCGCAGAAUGGACUGGGCCCAGCGGCUGGUGAGGAGGCAGUGUCUGAGCGGAGAGCCACUCCCAGCCCCUCGCCCAGGAAAAGUAAAGAAGAGCUGGAGCAGAGCCAAAGCCGGAGGAAGGAGAAUGGGGAGGCCAAACCGGAGGGUGCAGCCAAAACCCGGCCAAAGGUAUCGAGGAAGAGAUCAACGGAUGUCGAACCUCCUGAGUCCUCCUCGGAUGAAGACUCUGAGGCUCAGAGGAAGCCCGGAACGCUGAAACGUAGUCUACGGAAGGGAGUGAGUAUUGACUCCCCGGAUUCUCUGCGGGCGGAAGCGGCCUCUAGGAGGGGAGAGUUCCGCCGGGGCAGUUCCGCUGACUCUGCCCUGGCUCUGUUGGGUGCCCAGGAAGUAGGUGAGGGUACGGGCAAGGAGGAGGAGGCGAGGACACGGACGGAGGGGCCAGGCAGGCUAAAGAAGUCCAUGUCCAUGGAGCUGCCCAGGAGGAGCCCGAGCCCUGGAAGGCUGGAUGACCUGGCGGCCCAGAGGCGGAAGGGAGCAAGCCCCUUGCAGGAGGACUACGCCCUGAAACUUGAGCUGAUGAGGCAGCGUCUCCUACGGGGCGGCUCCGUCGACAGCAAGAUGAGCGGCCUGCGGGGCCCCCUGCUGGAGCACCUGGGAAUCCCGGAUGAGCCCAAGCCACGUUCCUCAUCCCUGGAACGUCAUUCCCUCCGUCCUCCGAGGCCAGAGAAGGCCACCACUCAGCCCAGGUUGGCCAGGGCAGUAUCAAGUGAGACGGCUCCUAAUGAGGAGCCCUCUGAAGGCCGUAUCCUAAGGAAAAGUGCCUCAUUCUCCCAGGGGGAGCCCACAAUCCUGCACCGGCCCGUGGGAGCUCCGCUGGAAAUUCCUGUCCCACAGCCGGAUUCCAGAGGCUACUCUGAGCCCUCCUUCCCACUGAAGGAGUCGCCCUCGCUCUCAGCGCUGACCGAUCCUUCCAAGUACGAUGGUUCAAGACCCCCGACGCCGGUCAGGUCUGCUAUCAACAAGGAGCAGAGAGCGGCCACGCCCGAUAUGAAGAUGGUGGAGGAGCCCAAGCCAGAGGUGGAGGGGCCCUGCAGGAAGACAAUGAUCGGAAAGACUGCAGUCAUCACCCACAGCAAUCUGACGGCUGACACCCCCCCCCUCACCCCUUCCAGUCUCGCCUCUGAGCUGCUCCAGGCAGACGACCAAACCUUGGUGACCCCCACCAUUCCAACCCCCACCUCCCGCGGAGAACGAUUAAGCAUGGGACUGGCUGCUGGAGGCAAACUCCAAGCACCUGCCCCAGCAGCUCCCCUGGCAGUCAGGCCCCUCCCCAUCCUGGAGCCUCCAGAUAUCACCUCUGUGUCUGCUCAGGGGGCAACAGAUGUGGUCAAGACCUGGGAUGGCUUGGACGAGAGGUCAAGUAAUAGGGCCCCAGGCUUCCCAGAGAACAGCCAGCCACCGGCGAUCGCUCUGGCUCCCGGAGAUGGUGUCAAGCCCUCUGUCUUGGUCCCCCAGCCGGAUGGAGCCCCCCUGGGGCAGGGGGAGCAGGGUCAGCCCAGUCCAAACCAGAUGGCCGUCCCCACCAUCAAAGUCAAGUCAUCCAGUAUGGGCCAGUUCCUGAACAUCGAGAAUAUCGAUUCGGAGGAGAUCUUUGAGGCCAAGUUUAAGAAGGCGAAACAGUCAUCGUUGACCCGAAGUCUCAAACAUCUGAUGAGACCCAAAUCUGAGGAGAAGUUGGGGCAAUCAGCCCAGAAGGGGGACAACAUUUACCGCCCGGGGGAACGUGGGGCACCUAUACAAGUCCUGAAGGGACAAGAGACUUCCCUCAGCUACAACGAGGGCAAAUCCAGGUCCAGGUCUGAGCAGAACAUUCUAGAAGCCGCAAAGGAGCCUGGCUUCGUGAGGAAGCUGUCACUGAGGUUCAAAGGGGCGCCAAAGGAGGAGAAGGUGAGGGAUGAGUUGCCAGUUGGAGGUCGCAAGCAUUCCUGGUCUUUUGGGAGAAGCAGUGGGAAGGACAGGAAACCGGAGGAGGGGUCAAACUGGGAGAGCGGGAAACGGGAGCCCACCUCCCCCCUGAGCGAGUCUGAGCCCCUCCACAAGGAACACAAGGACUCGCCAGCCCUGGCCGUGAGGAAGAGAAUCGAGUCAACAAUCUCAGGCAUCUCUCUGCGGUUCAGCCGGAGCCACUCAGAGGAGAGAGUGGAGGGUAUCGCCUCAGAGCCUGGGGUCCCCGCUGUACAGGAGGUGAAGGAGAGCAAGCGGGGUCCCUUCCUGUCCCUACUAAGGAGAUCCACCUCAGAGGCAGGGUCGCUGAAGAAGGUGGGCAUCCCACAGAACCAGCUGGCAACACAGACUCGCCCAUCCUCAGAGUCACUGCAGUCAGACACCAGCGUGUCCUCCAAACAGGAGAAAGCAUCUGCUCAUGGUGAGCGAAGGUCACAGUGGGAACGCUGGGGAUUCCUGCGAAUGAGGAGAGACAAGGCAAUAUCACAACCCAAUAUCUCCCUGGCUGUGGCAUCUGAGGAAGCCUCAAUGCUCUAUCACAGAAGUGCUUCAGAUUUCCCUCCUGUCUUCCAUGUUAAACUUAAAGACCAGGUGCUGCUUGAAGAUGAUUCCUUGACUCUCUGUAGUUUACCAGCAGGAAGCCCCACUCCCACUGUCAUCUGGUCAAAAGACCAACAGCCUCUUGUCUCUGAUGACCGGGUUUUGAUCGUGUCCUGUCCUGAUGGCCGCCAACUCGUCACCAUCGCAAAGACCUCACGAAAGGACGUUGGCGUGUACGAGUGCUCAGCCACCAACCCACUGGGCUCAGCCCACAGCUCCUGCACUGUCUCCCUCGCUCGGCUCCCUGGGAGGCCAGGACCCCCCGAAAUCCCUCAGAUGUACAAGAACACAGCACUCAUCCUGUGGAAACCUGCUGAUACACUGGGCCCUUGCACCUACACGUUGGAGCAGAAACGUUCCGGAGAGGACAGCUGGAAGGUUAUCUCCGCUGGAAUCACUGACUGUUUCUUCAAUGCUACUGAGUUAACAAGUGGGACCCUCAGGUUUCGAGUGGCUUGUGUUAACAAGGCUGGUCAAGGCCCCUACAGUCCAAUUUCGGAGAGGAUUGUUAUAGAGGAGGAGAAACCAGAGCAACAAUCCCUGGCUGCUCUAAGCACCCCCUCUGUGCCAGUCUAUCCAGCUGAAGUGACACCAGCCCAAGUCCCAGGACCCUCACCCGUUACCCCCCAAUCGACAUCCACAUUGACAGUGACCCCAACCUCCUCAAAGUUCACUCCUGCCCCAAUAGCAACCCCUACCCCAAAGACAGUGACCCCUGCUCCAACAGUGACCCCAGCCCCAAAGACAAUGACCCCUGCCCCAACAGCAACCCUUGCCCCAACAGUGACCCCUACCUCAAAGACAAUGACCUCUGCCCUAACAGUGACCCCUACCCCAAAGACAGUGACCCCUGCCCCAACAGCGACCCCUACCCCAAAGACAGUGACCCCUGCCCCAACUGCAAUCCCCACCCCAAAGACAGUGACCCUUACACCAAUAGUGACUCCUGCCCCAACAGUGACAUCUACCCCAAAGACAGCGACCCCUGCCCCAACAAAGGUCAUGCCUGUGGCCACCUCCCCUGUCAUUCCGUCGGUCUCCCCAUUGGCAGCUGCUACCUUACCCAUCUCUCCAGCAUCAUUCCCCUCUUCUCCAGCUCGAGAGGCUGCCACACCCCAGAGCGUCUCUCCCGUGGGAUCGGACUCUGCAGCAACUCCCACCAGGCUCUCCCCCAGCUCCCGAAUGGCUGAUGGUUCCACCAUGGGACUGAGGCCAGGUGUCCCCCAGAAACCCUACACGUUCAUGGAGGAGAAGGCCAGGGGGCGCUUUGGCGUGGUCCGGGAGUGUAAGGAAAAUGCCACAGGGAAAAUCUUCAUGGCCAAGAUCAUUCACUACGAGGGGGAGAACAAGCAGGCAGUGCUACAGGAGUACGAGGUCCUGAAAGCCUUGCACCAUGAGAAGAUCAUGUCUCUCCAUGAAGCCUAUGUCACCCCUCGAUACCUGGUGCUUAUCUCUGAGAACUGUCUCGGCAAGGAAAUACUCUACAGCUUAAUUGACAGGUUCCGUUACUCUGAGGACGAUGUUGUCAGCUACAUCCUGCAGAUCCUCCAGGGUCUUGAGUACCUGCACAGUCGACGCAUUGUUCACCUGGACAUCAAACCGGACAAUGUCAUUGUCACCUACCUCAACGUCAUCAAGCUGGUGGACUUUGGCAGUGCCCACUUCUUCAAUGCUACUGUGCCAAAGCCGCUGGGUCGCAGAGUGGGCACUCCGGAGUAUAUGUCUCCUGAAAUGCUGAAGGGAGAUCCGAUUGGACCACCGGCUGAUAUCUGGGGUCUGGGCGUGCUUAUUUACAUCAUGUUAAGUGGACGAUCACCCUUCACUGCACCAGAUCCAACAGAUCUCGAGAGCAAGAUUAAAUCAGCACAGUUUGACCUCACAAAGUGCUAUCCCAAUGCAUCGCAGAAUGCUGCACUCUUUCUUAAACGGGUCCUCUGCAUGUUCCCAGCGACACGGCCGACGGUGAAGGAAUGUCAUGCUAACCCCUGGCUCCAGGAUAACUACCUGAUGAAGCUCCGUCGACAGACACUGACCUUCACUACCACCCGACUGAAGGAGUUCUUGGUCCACCACCAGAAGAAGCGAUCUGAGACCCUCACUCGGCACCGGGUCCUCCUGCGGUCCUACAGCAACACCACCAGCCAGCCCGGGAGCCCUGGCGUCGCCCCGGCAACCCAGUGACCCCUCACCCCCACCCCAAGGAGCUGGGGGAGCGGGGAGGCGAUGACAAAUCUGAGGGCAACAUUCCAGUCAACAUCUGCAUUGCAAACACUUGAACCCAUCGUGCCGAGUGACAGAGGGGACAGCCAUUCCCCACAUCUCGACACCAACGAUCAAACCAUUAAGGGACAGACACCUAGCACUGACAGUGUUCUUCUCACUAUUUAUUUAAGACAGUAACCAAGGACGUGAGAUUGUGCAUCUUGUGUCCAAAUGGUUUUUAGCAAAAGGCUUUGUCUCCG